AUGGGCUCACUCAAGAUAGAUCUGUCCCUCCACGACAUGAAGUAUGAUUCUCUACCAGACCCGCGACGAGUCUGGACGGGUGCUCCUGGCUCGCGAGAAGAGGGGCUCGGCCGGCUUGUGCUGCUGACACCAGAUGUCGUGGCCAGAGCUGCCAACUGCAUCAAGACCGGUCGCCGUGUGGGCAUGAAUUGGGACAUGAACAAACUCGAUGUUGCCAACUUCAAUCGGGCACCAACGCAACAUCAUAUUGUCUCCCUGCUCGGAGGCGCCGCGUACGAUGACGUGUACAUCUUCAACCCCCAGCAAUCGUCGCAGUGGGAUGGGCUCCGUCACUUUUCCGCUCCGUUCCCGACACCGACCGAGCCUGAUAGGCGGCUCUUCUAUGGCGGCGUGACGUCGAAAGAAAUCGAGAACCGGAAUAAUACGCGAAUCGGGCUGCAACACUGGGCACGCGAGGGCAUAUGCGGAAGGGGCGUUCUGUUGGAUUACGUCCGUUACGCUGAACGCCAUUCGAUCAAGUAUAGCACCUUUUCCGACCACGCUAUCCCUCUCCAUACGCUUCAAGCCUGUGCGAAGGAGCAAGGCGUCAGUUUUCGCCGCGGAGACUUGCUUUUUGUGCGUAUUGGGGUGACGCAGGAAUGGGACACUAAAAUGAUUGCUUCUGACAAGCUCGCCUACGCCUCCAGCCCAAACCCACAGCAUGCUGGGAUAGAAGGCACCGAGGAAAUGCUGAGAUGGAUCUGGGACGAAGGGUUCGCGGCCGUCGCGGGGGACGCCAUCUCUUUUGAGGUUUAUCCACCAAAGAAAUCUCACUCAAGGGGUGAGGGCGAGGCUGAGGUGCCUGGGGUCUUUCUCCACGAAUACCUUCUCGCUGGCUGGGGAUUGCCCGUUGGAGAGCUCUUUGACCUGGAGGAGCUGAGUAGAAUAUGCGAAGAGGAGAAGAGGUGGGAGUUCUUUGUGACAGCGGCUCCGCUGAAUAUGCCUGGGGGUGUGUCCAGCCCUCCAAACUGCAUUGCGAUUUUUUGA